AGCACUCGUUAGCUUGUCAUUAGCGUUUUCUUUUCUCCUCUCCUCUCCUCUCCUCUCUCACGCUGCAGUUUUCCACAAGUUCAUCAAACAACCGCAGUAAGAAUAUUUCAUCAAGCACGGUGAGUAAUGGCUUCUCCUACAAUUGUUAUUUGCACCUCUUGCCACAUGUACAGUUUAUCUAUCUCUGUCGCUGAUGAGGGAUUCACAUGUGAUAAAUGCAGGGAAACAGUUAGGCUGACAGAGAAGAUUUCAGAAUUAGAGACACGCAUCCAAACUUUAAUUGAGGACAGUAAGAAUGUUAGGGCUCUAGAUAUGGCUUUGGAUGCGUCUAGCUCAGGGAUUCCUGUACAUUGUCCGGUUCCAGCAGAGCCCCUGCAGCAGGGCAACUGGGUGACGGUGAGGCAGCGUAGUCGUGGGUCAAAACACCGCUCUUCUGUUCCGAUCAAAACAUUAAACAGGUUCUCCCCACUCAGUGAUGCACCCACUGAGAAACCUGAUGAAAGUGCUCUAGUUAUUGGCGAUUCUAUUGUACGGAACGUGAAUAUAGAGACACCAGCCACCAUAGUCAAAUGUUUACCGGGAGCCAGAGCGCCUGACAUCUUGGCAAAUUUAAAAGUGCUGGCUAAUGCUAAACGUAAAUACAGUAAGAUUGUUAUUCAUGCCGGCGCUAAUGAUGUUCGACUUCGCCAGUCGGAGAUCACUAAAAAUAACUUUAAAGAGGUGUGUGAACUUGCAAGCACGAUGUCAGACACUGUAAUAUGCUCUGGUCCCCUCCCUGCUUACCGUGGUGACGAGAUGCAUAGCAGAUUGUCAUCACUCAAUGGCUGGAUGUCUAAGUGGUGCCCACAGAAUAACAUAGGUUUCAUAGACAAUUGGACGAGCUUUUGGGGCAGACCUGACCUGUUUAAAAGAGAUGGUCUUCAUCCCUCCUGGGGUGGUGCCACUCUUCUGUCUAGAAAUAUGGCAAAUAGUCUUAGUGUUUAUACUUGACUAACUGGGGCCCAGGUCAGGAAGCAGACAGACUGGCUAAACCGACCGUCUGCUAGCUGCCUCCCGUCACAGAGGUCAGUUAAUUCUCAGCACAUAGAGACUCUUUCACCUAGAUAUCACACUAUAGAGACUGUGUCUGUUCCCCGAACUAGAAAAUACAAAAAACGUCCAAACCAAGUUAAGGUUAACAAUUUAAUUGAGGUUCAACAAAUAAAAAACAAAUGCAAUAUGGAUAAACAAAUGAUAAAGAUUGGCUUAUUGAAUAUCAGAUCAAUUUCUACGAAAACACUUUUUGUAAAUAAUAUGAUAACUGAUCAUAAUAUAGAUGUGCUCUGCUUGACAGAAACCUGGCUAAAACCUGAUGAUUACAUUAUUUUAAAUGAGUCCACCCCCCAAGAUUAUUGUUAUAAACACGAGCCGCGUCUAAAAGGCAAAGGGGGAGGAGUUGCUUCAAUUUAUAAUAACGUUUUCAGGAUUUCUCAGAGGGCAGGCUUCAAGUAUAACUCGUUUGAAGUAAUGGUGCUUCAUAUAACAUUAUCCAGAGAAACGUAUGUUAAUGAUAAAUCCCCUGUUAUGUUUGUACUGGCUACUGUAUACAGGCCACCAGGGCACCAUACAGACUUUAUUAAAGAGUUUGGUGAUUUUACAUCCGAGUUAGUUCUGGCUGCAGAUAAAGUCUUAAUAGUUGGUGAUUUUAAUAUCCAUGUCGAUAAUGAAAAAGAUGCAUUGGGAUCAGCAUUUAUAGACAUUCUGAACUCUAUUGGUGUUAGACAACACGUUUCAGGACCUACUCAUUGUCGAAAUCAUACUCUAGAUUUAAUACUGUCACAUGGAAUUGAUGUUGAUAGUGUUGAAAUUAUUCAGCCAAGUGAUGAUAUCUCAGAUCAUUAUUUAGUUCUGUGUAAACUUCAUAUAGCCAAAAUUGUAAAUUCUACUUCUUGUUACAAGUAUCGAAGAACCAUCACUUCUACCACAAAAGACUGCUUUUUAAGUUAUCUUCCUGAUGUAUCCGAAUUCCUUAGCAUAUCCAAAACCUCAGAACAACUUGAUGAUGUAACAGAAACUAUGGACUCUCUCUUUUCUAGCACUUUAAAUACAGUUGCUCCUUUACGCUUAAGAAAGGUUAAGGAAAACAGUUUGACACCAUGGUAUAAUGAGCAUACUCGCACCCUAAAGAGAGCAGCCCGAAAAAUGGAGCGCAGCUGGAGGAAAACAAAACUAGAGGUAUUUCGUAUUGCUUGGCGGGAAAGUAGCAUAUCCUACAGAAAAGCAUUAAAAACUGCUAGAUCUGAUUACUUUUCUUCUCUUUUAGAAGAAAACAAACAUAACCCCAGGUAUUUAUUCAAUACAGUGGCUAAAUUAACGAAAAAUAAAGCCUCAACAAGUGUUGACAUUUCCCAACACCACAGCAGUAAUGACUUUAUGAACUACUUUACUUCUAAAAUCGAUACUAUUAGAGAUAAAAUUGCAACCAUUCAGCCGUCAGCUACAGUUUUGCAUCAGACAGUGCACUAUAGACCCCCUGAGGAACAGUUCCACUCAUUCUCUACUAUAGGAGAGGAAGAAUUGUAUAAACUUGUUAAAUCAUCUAAACUUACAACAUGUAUGUUAGACCCUAUACCAUCUAAGCUAUUAAAAGAGGUGCUUCCAGAAGUCAUAGGUCCUCUUCUGACUAUUAUUAAUUCCUCAUUGUCAUUAGGAUAUGUCCCCAAAACCUUCAAACUGGCUGUUAUUAAGCCUCUCAUAAAAAAGCCACAACUUGACCCCAGAGAACUAGUUAAUUAUAGACCAAUCUCGAAUCUCCCUUUUCUGUCCAAGAUACUAGAAAAGGUGGUAUCCUCACAAUUAUAUUCCUUCUUAGAGAAAAAUGGUAUAUGUGAGGAUUUCCAGUCAGGAUUUAGACCAUAUCAUA